GUUUCGGGUGGGAGCUCGAACUUUAAAAAUGAAGCAAUGUUUAGUAAACAGCAACGCUAGGCAUCUGGAACUCAACAGGAGUUUAAAAAAAAAAAAAUUGCUGGUGGAAUUAUUAGCAUACGACUGUUUUAAAGACUACGAAGAUGCAAGCUGAAGGGGCAGGAUGGACCGGAUGGGGGAGAGCCACUGUGCCUGAAUGAACAGGAAAGCAGAGGGUGCUGACAAGGACAAGCCUUGCGCCCACAUUCGCCGUUAAGGAUGGAUAAGAGAAGCAGGGCACGUUCCCCCGACAGAAUAGGAAAAAUGAACGCACUCAGAAAGGAUCUGUUCACCUCCCGAACCCUGACGACAGAACACCUAGCCGUCAGGUGAAAUCCAGCACCUGAGCCGAGGAAAACAAAGCGCGCUCUCCGUACAAGCCCGGAUCCCCUUCCCCAGCUCCCGAGGGUCCUUCCACCCCACCCUGCGCGUAAAUCGCACCCCUCAGAAGUUCUGCGUUAGAGAACGCAGCGGGGAAGAACAUCUUCUGCAAGUAAAGAAAGUAGAACUAGGGCAGUCCGAGGAGAUUGAAAGGGCAAUACCAUCACGCAAGAAAACUGUACCUAUUACACCAUUCUUUGGCGAAGGUUAUUCAGCAGUGGUGACCCCUUACAAUCGAACACUCUACAAAUUAUUAUCUCUGGACUCCCAGCUGACACCCUGCCGGAGGCAAGAGCUACUGAGCCAACUGGAACUGUGCCUUUUCUCUUGUCAAGGUUUUUUUCUUACACAGGAAAAAGGAAGAAAAAAAAAAAGAUGAAGUUGGGCAAAGUGGAGCUCUGCCAUUUUCUGCAGCUAAUAGCGCUUUUCCUGUGUUUCUCUGGGAUGAGUCAAGCAGAGCUCUCCAGGUCCAGAUCAAAGCCCUAUUUCCAAUCAGGGAGGUCCCGGACCAAGCGCAGCUGGGUGUGGAAUCAGUUCUUUGUGCUGGAGGAAUACAUGGGUUCAGACCCUCUCUAUGUAGGAAAGCUUCACUCUGAUGUUGAUAAAGGAGAUGGUUCCAUCAAAUACAUCUUGUCAGGCGAAGGGGCAAGUUCCAUUUUCAUUAUUGAUGAGAACACGGGGGAUAUCCAUGCUACCAAGAGGCUGGACCGAGAGGAGCAGGCCUACUAUACGCUGCGAGCCCAGGCGCUGGACAGGCUCACCAACAAGCCCGUGGAGCCCGAGUCCGAGUUUGUCAUCAAGAUUCAGGACAUCAAUGACAACGAGCCCAAGUUCUUGGAUGGCCCAUACACUGCAGGAGUUCCUGAAAUGUCGCCUGUGGGGACCUCAGUGGUACAAGUGACAGCAACGGAUGCUGAUGAUCCUACAUAUGGCAACAGUGCCCGAGUGGUCUACAGCAUUCUGCAAGGACAGCCAUACUUCUCAGUGGAACCAAAGACAGGAGUCAUCAAGACCGCCCUUCCAAACAUGGAUAGAGAGGCUAAAGACCAGUAUUUGCUUGUUAUUCAGGCAAAGGAUAUGGUUGGUCAAAAUGGAGGACUCUCAGGAACUACGUCAGUCACCGUGACCCUAACUGAUGUCAACGAUAACCCACCUCGCUUUCCUCGAAGGUCUUACCAGUAUAAUGUCCCAGAAUCAUUGCCAGUGGCCUCUGUUGUGGCCAGAAUCAAAGCAGCUGACGCAGAUAUAGGAGCUAAUGCUGAAAUGGAAUACAAAAUCGUGGAUGGUGACGGAUUAGGGAUUUUCAAGAUUUCUGUUGACAAAGAUACACAGGAAGGAAUCAUUACUAUACAGAAGGACCUGGAUUUUGAAGCCAAAACAAGUUACACACUCCGGAUAGAAGCCGCAAACAAAGAUGCCGACCCUCGCUUUCUGAGCUUGGGUCCAUUCAGCGACACGACCACAGUGAAAAUAAUCGUGGAAGAUGUGGAUGAGCCCCCUGUGUUUUCCGCACCCUUGUACCCCAUGGAGGUAUCGGAGGCUACCCAAGUUGGGAAUAUCAUUGGCACCGUCGCGGCUCAUGACCCGGAUUCUUCCAACAGCCCUGUGAGGUAUUCAAUUGACAGAAACACAGACUUGGAGAGGUAUUUCAAUAUCGAUGCCAACAGUGGAGUUAUUACAACCGCCAAAUCUUUGGAUCGAGAGACAAAUGCUGUUCAUAAUAUCACAGUUCUUGCAAUGGAGAGCCAGAAUCCGUCUCAAGUUGGAAGAGGCUAUGUGGCCAUUACUAUACUCGACAUCAAUGACAAUGCCCCUGAAUUUGCUAUGGACUAUGAAACCACCGUGUGUGAAAAUGCCCAGCCAGGGCAGGUUAUCCAGAAGAUCAGUGCCGUUGAUAAAGAUGAGCCAUCCAAUGGACACCAGUUUUAUUUCAGCUUAACGACUGAUGCAACAAAUAACCACAACUUUUCAUUGAAAGAUAACAAAGACAACACGGCUUCCAUUCUCACCAGGAGAAACGGCUUCCGGAGACAGGAGCAGUCUGUGUACUACCUGCCCAUCUUCAUCGUGGACAGUGGUUCGCCUUCCCUCAGCAGCACGAACACCCUCACCAUCCGCGUCUGUGACUGUGAUGCCGACGGGGUAGCCCAGACCUGCAACGCGGAGGCCUACGUCCUACCUGCCGGCCUCAGCACCGGAGCCCUGAUUGCCAUCCUCGCCUGUGUCUUGACGUUACUGGUGUUGAUCCUCCUCAUCGUCACUAUGAGAAGACGGAAAAAAGAGCCUCUCAUUUUCGAUGAGGAGAGAGAUAUCCGAGAAAAUAUUGUGAGAUACGACGAUGAAGGUGGGGGAGAGGAAGACACAGAAGCUUUUGACAUGGCCGCACUGAGGAACCUCAAUGUCAUCAGAGAUACCAAGACCCGAAGGGAUGUGACUCCAGAAAUUCAGUUCUUGAGUCGACCGACUUUUAAAAGCAUCCCAGACAACGUCAUCUUUCGAGAAUUUAUUUGGGAGAGGCUGAAAGAAGCUGACGUGGACCCCUGUGCUCCCCCCUAUGACUCCUUGCAGACGUACGCGUUCGAAGGAAAUGGCUCAGUGGCUGAAUCGCUCAGCUCCUUAGAUUCCAUCAGCUCGAACUCUGAUCAGAAUUAUGACUACCUAAGUGACUGGGGGCCUCGCUUUAAACGACUCGCAGAUAUGUAUGGCACCGGCCCCGAGAGUUUGUACUCAUAGCCCCGGAACCUUAAUCUGAAAUGUACUGGAGAAAAAAAUAAAUAAAUAAAAGCAAAAACAAAACAAGGCAAAACAACGAGACAAAACAGAACAACCCACUACAUACAGAAAACAAGAACUCGACUUACUAGAGAGAACGGUUGUACAUAUUUCUCCAUUUUUAACUGUUUGGGCUUUGGCCUUGGUGAAGUGUAUCUCCAUUAGACUUACCCAAGGGACUGCACUGACCACAGACUCUGAGCAUUCAAAGGCUUUUUGAUAAAACGACAUGCUCAGUGGUUUGUGAAUAGAUAGCAACUCUCAGAUACCUGCAAAGCACCUAACCUCUAUGAGCAAGUAGUGCCCUGUGUUGUCCGUGACCCAAGCGUGCCCUGUACAAACCUUCACGGUACUGCCAGUGAGAAGAACAACACACGAUGUGCCAUUGAAAUGUCCUAGAACUUUUCGCGACUCAAAACUCGGGACCAGUAUAAUUUGCGGUGAUGCUUUUCGCUUGCUAGAUUACAGAAUCCAGCGCAAGUUUACUGCUGCUGGUUAGCAAAUAUAUUUUAUUUAGCAGUAUAUAAAUUCUUAGAAAAUCCUCCCCAGUCCUCCAAUACAAACCGAUAAAAUUUGGUUUCAGGCAACAUAACCCGUUGUUUAGCAAAUAAAUUACGAAGGGUUCCAAAUAAGAAAAAAAAAAAAAAGUAAAUCAUUCCUUUUGAGCUGCUUGUGGAGGUAUGAAAAAAAGUUGCUGUCUAUUCAUUGAUUUUUAUUAUCUCUUCUGAUUUAUACAGGAGACUAUCUUUUUUUUUAUUUCAUACAUGGUGUUCUAUUUAUUUUGGAGCUCCAAUCUCCACGAAAUUCAGGUCCAUCUGACUGCCUCAUAGAACUAAGCUCGUCAGAACAUGCUGAUUUUUCUCUAGGCUGAGCUAAACGAAGGGAAUGAAGCAUGGAUAUGGAGAAGAAAAUAGAGCAGUUGAGCCCUUUUCACAUCUCAGAGAGGAUCCCAGCUACAAGGACAUACAAGAUGUUCAUCUGAGCCAUUAGAGUGUACCAAACAGUGGAAUAAAAUAUUUGUAUUUUG